CCGGGCCCAGCUCACCUCUCACCUGAGGCGGCAUUCCCGCAGCACCGCCCCCGCUGCACCACCGUCCGGCCUCCACGCCGCCCCUGUCCUUGGCAAGUCACGCGUCGGCUGGGAGGUGGGCUGAUUGGUGUCGGCGAGUGCCGUUGUCCGAUCCCAACAAUGAGAGAGGACCCAGGACAACGGGCAAUACUGUAACCCUGUUUAACACAAAUACCAUGGUGCUAAAAAAAUCAAGAAGUUCUGGAAUAACUCAGCUGGUCUCUGGAGAACAUGGAUGGGUAACGUUUCAGUCUGAAGGGUCCCUAGCCCAAAAGUCGCCUAUCCGUGUUCUCCAGAUAUGCUGUCUGGGCCGCUGAGUUACUCCAGCACUCUAUGUCUUUUUGUGUAAACCAGUAUCUGCAGUUCCUUGCUUCUUCAUGGUGGCCAAGAUUUGUUGAACAGAUUGGUUGAACACAAGGAAUUGCAGGUGCUGGAGUCUUGAACAAAACACAAAGUGAUUUUGGCGAGUCGGGCAGCGUCUGUGGAGGAAAUGGACAGGAUGCUUCAAAUCGAGACGUACCCGUGGAGUUCCUCCAGCACUGUGUUUUGUUCUCGAUUCCAGCAUCUGCAGUUCCUUGUGUCUGGAGUCAAGAAGGUUCAACAGCCGUAAGUACCGGGAACGGAACCAUUCUUACUUGCCGCAGCUUUUAAGGCCCACAACACACAGUUAAAUACACAAUAAUCAAUUAUUAGUAAUAAUAUGUAACCAGGUUAGAGUAAUGCAAACUAAAGUCCGGUGUGCAGUAAACAGCCUCCUUGCACAUCGUGUAGGACAACUUGUUCUAUUUGAUCUUAUUCGAUUGUCCACGCCAGGUUGAUUGCAUUCGUCAAAACAGGGCGGACCAUGUGAAGGUUGCAAUCUCCUACCCCAAGGAAACAGUCCAUAGAAGACCACAGUUGCUGAGGUACGCUGGCGAGCAACAUGAUCAAGGACCAGUCGCACCCUGGCCACUUCUCCCCUCUCCCAUCAGGCAAGAGGCACAGAUGCGCCUUUACCCAAUUCCCGGGUGUUGUUAACACCAUGUCCAGCCGUAAAUCCAAAUCAGGGUCUGGAAAGUCGAGCAAAAAGUCCAAUCAGCCAGCUAAGAAAGAUGUGGGAACUCACACCCACAAUCCCACCACUUCCGGCCGCAACAAGCCCAAAAUUGAGAAGGGAAAGUUUGAUCGCCAGUUGACCCAAGUUGAAAGCAGUGAAACCACAGAAGGGAAGUCGGCCAUCACCAUCCAGUGUGCCUUCCGGCAGUACCUGGCACGCAAGGAACAGGCCCGGCGCCGGGAGGAGAGGGAGCAGUACGAGGAGACGAUGGAGAAACUGGAGAGAGAGGCGUAUGUGGCACUGGUGAAGAGGGAGCAGGAGGCAGCUGCAAGGGAGCGCGAGAAGGAGGAGCAGGAGCGGCGACGCAAGCAGGAGCAGCAGCAGCGCAGGGUCCGCAUGCUGGAAGCUGCAUUUGAGGGAGACGUGGAGGAGAUGCAGAGCAUACUGAAGGAGGUAUCUGAGUUGGACACAAGGAAUGGUGUGGCGUUCGAUGCCAUGGGGCAGGUGGUGAGGCAGAGGCACCAGCUGGACAUGACAGACUGCACCGACGUACACGGCAGCACCCCCCUUGUCAGAGGCGGCUGGGGGGGGCACCCUAAUGCCAUCCAAUUCCUCAUCGAGAAAGGAGCCAACCCCAACUCCAAGGGUGCGUAUGGACGGACUCCUCUGUAUCGGGCAGCGUUUGGGGGCCACGUGGCAGCCAUUCAGAUCCUACUCCAGAACGGAGCAGACCCUCGCAUCCAUGCAGAGGACGGCAUGGUCCCAGGAGAGAUUGCAUCGACAGACUCCACCACCAGAAUCCUACAGGACUGGGAAAUUGGCCACACCGAGGUCCUGAGGGAGAAGAUGGAAGCCGAGGUCCAGCGCAGGCGGGUUGCAGAACAGCAGCAGCAGAGGGAGGAAGCCGACAGGAUCCAGACCCAGGUGUCAGAAAUAGAGAAGGAGCAGAACCGCAACCAGCAAGAGAUGCAUAAGGCCUACGCUGAGCUCCAGAAACGCAUCAAUGAGCAUGACAAGUGUGUGCUUCAAAACAUGGGCAAGCCCAACAUCACACUAAAGGCUAUCCGUGAUGCAGAAGAGGUUCUGGUGGUGAAGAAGGCAGCAGCGGCCAAGGGAGAAGAGCGCCUCGCACUGGCCAAGCUGCAGCUCAGGGAGAAGCUACAGGAACAGGCCUCACUGUCGGAUCAGAAUGGGAUCCUGUGCCACAUCCGGGAGUUGGACGACGUGCUGCUGAAGGAUGUGGGUGACAAGAUGAAGCAGGACGGCAGGUGGCCUCUCAUCAUUGACCCGUCGGGACAAGCCAGCAUCUUCCUGCGCUACAUCGACACCAACUUCUACGACGCUCUGAAUCCCAGCCACAUGAAGCCCCAGGUGCUGCGUCUCGGCCUCCUUGGGGCCAUCAGGUACGGGAAGAUGCUGGUGAUCGACAUGAUGGAGGUGAACAUGUUCCCCGUGGUGACCAAUGUAUUUGAGCAGAUCCAGGCCGGGCUCAUGGACAAAUUAAUGAGCAAGGAGUUACUGCAGAAUGACGGGUUCCUGUCCUUGCUGCAGCCGAGCGACGGGCCGGAGUACUCGCGCAAUGAAUUCUCUCCGAGCCGUGUGGCGAAGUUUCGGUUGGUGUUGAUCAGCAAGUUGCGGAGCCUGCCCAGAGACCUGCUUGCGGCCUUCUACCCCAUCCACAUCCUCGUCAAGUAGCAGACGCCAGGCAGGCACAGUACUCACCCCCACGUUACAGCCACCUUGCUCAGCGGGACGGUAUGAUGACCACAACACCACACCGGCAACGCAUCCGGCAGUCGGCAGCUUCCAAUGGGCCUCACCACCUCCGGCAGUCGCUGCAGUGUUGGUCUCAGCUGUAACCAGGAGACAAAUAAAACCCUACAGCUUUGGGGACAUCCCAUGCAUGGUACUGGAUACCAGCGCUCUGUACAAUC